AUGACGUUGGCUCGCGCAUUGAGGGCCUGGACAGCUCCCAUGGCGCAGGUACAUCGCCCACACGAUGGCAUUCGUGGAAUGAUAGCGAAAAGGCGGUUUCAUCGAGGCGAUUUGCUGAUGCAUGUGCCGCUUCGCUACUGCUACUUUCCACAUGCCUCGCGUAACCCCCGACAACUACGACGUUGGAACCAGUCUGCACUUUUCCCAGAGGCUCAGCUCUGGUUGCUGCGACUCUCGUCCGGCGCGUCAGAUGCGGGUGUCUCUCUUAGCGCCUCCGUCUCAACAGAGGACAACAAGGUGGUCACGCUUACCCUCUCGCCUGUGGAAGCCUCACUGGCCGUUUCAGUAGCACUGCGGUACUUUUGGCGUAAAGUUGUCUUGCUGAAAAAUCGGGAGGGUGCCGGCAGGCCCGCGCUGGGUCCUUCAAAUUCUCAUCCGGCGGAUCUGUACCUUCAGUCUAUUCCCAUGGAGCAACAUAUUUUGUAUGGUUUGGAGGCACCCUACUUUUCUGACGUUGAGGACGAGGCAAAUGUUCACUCCAAUAUUGAGCAAAUUGCAUGGAAUCUUCGGGAUUGCAUACUCACUUGUGCUCCACAAGAAGAGUACGCGUUCUAUGACGCACAUCCAUCGGAUUUGGAUGCUACGCUGCUUGCAGCAAUCUAUGUUGUGCGGGCACGUCUGUUGCGGAUGGCCACAAUUUUUGGGGAUGAAAGGUCUUCUGAUCGUGUAACAUCGGUCAUUGCACCUGUUGUGGAUUUUUUGAACCACGGUUCAGCUAACCAUAAUUGCGCUGCCUGUGUGACCAUCCCUAGGCGCGCCGUUGUGGUUCGAGCAGUCAGAGACAUUGGUGUCGGCGAGGAGCUUACGCUCGACUACCGUGGUCCAGUUCAGCAGCGACACGGUGGAUUUCAAAACUAUCGUGGAACGUCUAGUUGUGAAGAGGCGGAGGAGCGAGAAGACUGGUGGGAGUCACGAUAUCUCUUCUCUGCCAAUGACGCAUAA